AUGCCACCAAAACUGAUUUCAGGUAGAGGUGAGCCCCCCCCGUGGCGGGUGUUGACAUCUUCUCUCAAAGCCAAAGUUAACCUUCAACUGACACUCUGCGGUGGUCAGUGCUUUCACUGGUACCCUACGCCGCGCUGCACGUUUGUCGGUGUGCUUAACCACAGCGUCUUUGAACUGCGCGAGGUGCGGUGUGCUGCAAAACUGAAAAAGCAAGAUGAGCUGCAACACGUAGCAUCGCAACAGCGAGCUCCGACGCUGGGGAAACGGCGCCAAGAAUCGCGCUCUGCUCCACUUGCCUCGGAGUCUGACAUAAACGUCAGUAAGCACUUCUCAUGCUGCUGGAUAGAAUACCGACGACUGUGGCCACUAGCUGACCCACAGUGUUUCAGUGAAAAGGUCCCUAUGAGCACGCCAUCGUCAUCAUUAUGGAGCACAGGUCCACCACCGUCACUCGCCAGAGAAGAGAGUGACGAAGAGAUACUGAGCCACUAUCUCUCUCUCGAUGUCGACCUUGACCAGCUGUGGCAGGACUGGACCGCCUCGCCACAGACUCGUAAACACCCUCUCGUGCAAUACCUCGUUGGCAAUCGUCUUCAACUAUAUUCCUUGCUCAGCGAUCGCAACCAGCGUGUUUGCGAGCACGACAAGGCACAACAAAGCCUGUACAUCUCCAUCCGCCACGUUCGGCAGGAUCUGCACUCGUGCCUCUUCUCUUUCCUGUGCUCGCAGAACAACAACGUCACGCGGAUCACAGGCAUGAUCUACGCACUCUGCCGUGCCUACGGCGAUCAACUGUGUGAUGUCCAACUCGCCACGGCGGAGGUGCGAACGCCGUGUAAGUCGGCUAGCGAUAGAGAGCACAAAUUAACAAAAACAGAACUCCGCAGGCAGACCGCUGCGCACAAAGAAGACGUCAUUGCGUCUCCGUCUCUGAAGCCACACAGGUCAAGUAUCGACGCGCCGGGAUGGCUUUCGAUGUACAGCUUUCCCUCACUCGAGCAGCUUUCGGCUGCCACAACGGAGAAGCUGCGCAUGCUCGGCUUUGGCUACCGUGGCAAGUACAUUGUGGAUACCAUCCGUUUCAUUCAGACCCAGUCACCCCAGCAAGAGCUCCAGGACAACGUGAUGCUAAAGGGGCAGAUGCACCCUCCUCCGCACCUCAUGCGGCAACAUGGGGCCUGCUACCGAAAUGGCUUCUACUCGACUGUGCUGGGACACCAUGACCACCACCAUCAACAUCAACGCGACAUGCUGCUUCUCUUGCCGGGUGUGGGGCGUAAAGUGGCGGACUGCGUGGCGCUCUUCGCUCUCAACCGUACCCACAUUGUCCCUGUGGAUACGCACAUGGCACAGGUUGCGGCGGAGUACCUCGUCUCGCCACGUGCGGCGGUGCCGCCGGGUCGUAAGCGUUCUCGUCCAGGAUGUCUAUUGCUGGAGGGGGAACGCUACCCGUGUGAUGAUGUACUGCUGGAGUGGAGGAAGCAAGUAGAGGCUUUGAAAGAGAAGAACGGUGUGUCGUCAACCUCUGUGCAGACAAUAAAGGGCGGCGGAAGAUCUGCGUCGGCCCCGCCGCGCUCCUCACGAAAAACGCCUGUGCCGCCCUUGUACGAACGGCAUCAUAACGUCAUCCAGGAUGCCUUCUUGAAACUCUUUGGCAACUACGCUGGGUGGGCCCACAGCAUUCUGUUCUACUACCGCAUGCACAAGUGA